AUGAAUCAAUACAUGUCUUUUUUAUUGUCGCUUCUUUUAUUAUGUGUUGCUUCCUCGAAUUCAAUUACUAACAAAGUUGUUGAAGUAGAUGUCAUUUGUAAAGAAGCCUCAAAUCCUUCGUAUUGUUUAAAUCUUCUCAACUCAAAGCCAGGAGGAGCAAAAGAUGUUAGUCUUGUUGAUUUUGCAUAUUACAUGAUUGACGUGGUUAUUGACAAUUCAACCAACACGGAUGUGCUAAUAUCCAAAUUGAUUGAUCAAAUUGGUGAUAAUUAUACCGAAAUAAACUAUUACUAUCGUUGUGACUUAAAUCUUCUUAGCGUUGAUGGUGUCAUUGCUAAGCUUGUGAUUGCAGAAAAAGAUCUGACACUUAAACAUUAUCCAGCCAUGAUCAAAGGUAUAGGUGAUGUUAUGAAUAAAAUUCUUCAAUGUCGUGAUAGUCUACGUCAACAUAAAACGAGUCCAUUAGUAGCCCAAUAUGUUGAUGUUCUUCAACAAAGUGGUCAAGUUUUAACACAAUAUUCAUUUAAAGAAAAUUAUAUCUUAAUUAAAAAAACUCACGAAACCCUUUCCCCCGAAUCACUUUUUCUUCAAAAUCACUUUUCCUUCACAGAUGGAAAAUCUCCAUCGAAAUCACUUUUUCUGAAAUCACUUUUCUCAAUCGAAACUGUUGUUUCUCUGAUCCAAAUCACUAUUUCUCCGUCGUCGAAACCGCGGCUUCUCCUUUAUCAAUCGAAAUCACCGCCUCUUGUCGUAAAUGUGAGGAUAAGUCUCCGAUCGGAAUCCCCGCUUCUCCAUCAUAUCGCUUCUGCAACUUUCUCUUUGGAAAUCGCUUCUUCAACUGAGAGUUUUGUGUCUUGCAUCCUAAGGCUGAUUGAGUAUAUCAACCUUGAUUUCAUGCUGGAUUUUAAGAGGUGUGGACACUGCAAAAAGCUAGCUCCAGAAUAUGAAAAGCUCGGUAACAACUUCAAGAAAGCUAAAUCUGUGUUGAUUGCCAAGGUGAUCACGAGGAUGCCUAUUCCAGCUGAAAAGUGGAAAAAUUAUCCGAUUGAAGCAAAGGAUGAAUUAUUUAACGAUUUUAUGCAGGAGGAGUUGAAACAUAUAGUUUCGUUUAGAGACGUGUAUGCUCGAGUUCAUAAGAAAAAAGAUGGAGAAUAUGUCUCUCAAUGAUCGAAGUUAUUUGUUGAGUCAUAUGACCCGACUAUAUUGGAAAAGUAUGGAGAAGACUCUUCCACUCAUCCGAUGAUUGAUCCUAAAGUGUGGGUAGAAGUUUCUAGCCAGAAAAAGACAAGGCAUACAUUUAUGGAUCGUAGCUUAGAUGUUAGAAGAACUAUGUCUGCCCCAUUUGUUAAUGUCACUAGUCAUUCCAGAACCAUGGAGGAAGAUAUCAAGAAAGUUGUGGAUAAGGCAAUGACUUCUUUUAACCAACACAUUUGGCGGCAAUUUUGGAGCCAAUUCUUUCAUUGAUUCGAUCCAUGCCAAAAGCACCUAUGCAAAGUGAAGUACCUGAAAAAACUCAUGGAGAUACAAGGUGAAAGAAUGUUUUCCAAUCUAUUUUAGAAACCAGAGUUAAUAUGGAACCUGAGUUGUGAUUUCUGAAUUGGAAAUAAAAUAAAAUAUUAUUGUAAUGUAUAAUGUUUUAGUGUUAUUAAGGGCCAGUUUGUUUUAGCUUUAAAAAAAUGGAUUUUUUCUUUGUAUUUUUAAAAAUAGAUUUUUCAAAACCGUUUUACAAAAUACUACAAGUUUUUUUAUAUUCGUUUUUUCUAAAAUGAAACACUUAAUUUGACAUCCUAUAACAUAAACAUACAUAAUUGAAGACCAAAACCUAGUCAAAAUCAUAAUUUUUUCAAAAAGUUGUAUUUCAAAAAUGAUUUUUAUGAAAAUCUAUUUGAAAUAGCUUCAAAAUUAAGUGAUUUUUUGAAAUUUUGAUAUCCAAAUUUUUUUCCCAUAAAUAGAUAAAAUACCUAAAAUCAUAUUUUAAGAAUAACUAUUCAAACAAAAUUUUUAUUUGAAGCUUUUAUAAAAAGUUUGUUUGUAAAAAUUUUUUUCACAAAAUUUGGUAACACUAUAAAAAUCAUUUUUAAA